AUGCCUCUUCCAGCGCGGUUCAGUUCACGACACGAAUGUGCGUUCAUGCGCGACCCCAGAUUAAAGGAGAACUCAAAAUCGCCGUAUGCCACAUUAUCCGAAAAAUUGUACCUCUGGGUGAUCAACUUCACAACCAUAGACAUGAAUUGUGUCGAUAGCAGCUACGUCCGAAGCUACGCAGUGUUCAUGAAGGAAAGGCAGCGGCAUUUAGACAACCCGAACUACAGGUUCGUCAUCCACCCCUUCAGUAAAUUCGAGAAGAGCAAGCAACUCGUGAUGGCUGUGCUCUGGUACAUCGCGCUAAUUUUGCAGUCGUACCUUGGCACCUUCAGCGAAAAGGAUCUCUACUUUAGAAGGAUGGUGGUGAUCCCUCACAUAGUCUUGUUCCUCAACGUCGUUUUCCUCCUGGAUAUAGCGAUCCAAUUCCGUACGGGGUACAAAGAAGAGACGACCAAGUCUGUGAUUUUGAACCGUCGCAUGGUCACGUACCACUACUUGAAGACCUUCUUUUUCUUCGACUUUGUGGCUGCCGUUAGCUACUUGUUCUUCUACUUCCUUCCGACCGUCGAUAAAUCAAUUCAAAUAUUCCUAUUUCAGUUACACGCGGCGAGGCUCCCGAGACUCGCGAACUUCUUAAGGAAGGUCUCGGAGCUGUUACAGGAACACAGAGUCCCGGAGACCGUUGGAGUACCUGUCAUGCUUUUGGUGACGGGUUUGACAAUGCUGCACCUUCUAACCUGCAUGUGCGCUCGAGUCGGAGUCUACCAAAGACUCUACGAUACUUCUAGCCACCUGUCCUGGGUACACCAGUACAAGAAGAUCGCCGCUAAACAAUUUUUCGCGAGAAAUAUCCAUAUGAAAACCAUCGACAUCCCCGGAUAUCGCCUGUACUUGCUGUACUUGAUGGUAACGUCGUGCCACUUCUUCGGAGCCGGGACUUCGAUUUACCGAACCAGGGACAACAUCGAACGGUUCACUUUAUCGCUGACACUCAUGAUGGGCAUGUCCUUCUACAUCUACAGCUUGGCUAAAAUCCUGCAGCUCUUCGGAGUGUUAAACAUCUCCGAAAUGAAGUUCGAAUCGCUACGAAUGCAAUCCGAAAGCUACAUGGUCCAGAAGUCCUUUCCCCGCGAAUUGAGGAAGCGCAUCUUCAAGUACUACGACUACAAGUACAACAACAAGUUUUUCUCCGAGCUAGACGUCCUGGGCACUCUGAGCGAACACCUGAAAAUGGAAGUUCUUCUUUAUAGCUGCCGGAAUCUGAUCGAACGAGUGCACGCCUUCAAGGGACUGUCUAGGUCCGACGUCGGUUGCAUCCUGGCGCUGUUGAAACAAGAGAUUUUCGUACCGGGAGACACGCUCCUGUAUUCCACCGAGGACACGGGAUGCAUUUACUUCAUUCUUCUUGGGACGUGCGGGAUAAUAUCGAUUAAAGGGAAGGAGAUGGCGCAUAUCGAAGACGGCGAUUUCUUCGGGAAUAUCAGUCCACGCGAUGACGAUAUUUUGUACUCGAUAUUAGCUCUGGAGAUGGUAGAAGUGUACAAGUUGGAACCGAAGGAUCUGAGUUACUGCUGCACAACGCAUCCCACGAUCAACGACAAGCUGCUGAGAAUGGAAAAAGCGAAAUAUCGAAGAUACAUUAAUCUGUUCGCGCAGGAUGAUGAAUACAUAACAGAAGAUAUUUUGCGCGAACUGAGGAAAAAGAGAAUUGUAGAGCAAGGGCUACAGAGGAGAGCGUUUGAUUAG